UAGUAAUGGAGUCGAUGCUUGAAUCCAGUGCUCCUGAUAACGAAAUUGAACCUGCUGUGAAUCCUGCCAAGGUUGUGAAUGAUUUGUUUUGGCUAGCUGAACAAUGCGAAUUGCGUUGUAUUUUUGAACAUGCUCUUUGGGCGAAUGAACAAUUGAAUCAUCUACCUCAAAGUCAUUUUUUGUCACCUGAGGUUGCACAAUCUUCUAAUUGGCAUUAUGGAGAAAUAAAUAUGAAGAGAAGGGCUUUGAUUAUGUUUGUUCGGACAUUGAUGACUAGCAAAUAUUACCAUCGAGCUAAGUUUUUCUUAUCAAAAAGCAAAGAAUCUGACUGUCUGGAGGCCUUUUUAUAUUAUCAUUCUUGGUAUUUGAUCUCUAUAAGGGAUAGAUUUGAAGGAGAUGCUGAAGACUUGGAAACGAAGGAACCCUCGUCUGAUGAUAAUAUUUCUGAAUUAAGAAGUGAAUUGGAAACAUUAAAAUUAAAUUCUCCACAUUUGUUUGACUGUUUUCUCAAUUAUUUAUUAGGUUUGGUAAGACUAAAAUGUGAUGCAAAUGAUAUGGCUAUUCAAGCAUUUAGUGAAUCGACAAUCGUUGUUGGCCAGCAUGGGAAUGCCUUUCGAGUUUGGUGGAUGGAUUUUAUGUGCAAAACUUGGCUUUACAAUUUAUUUGUUGCUGAAACAAUGUCACGUCUUUUACUUUUUGUUUGUGCAAUAGAAGCAUAUACAGACGUUUCUAAAUAUUUGGGUGCUUCUCCUUACAUUCUUUGUCAAAUAGCUACAGCACAAUCAGAAUUGCAAGAACACGAUGGGGCAAUUAGUUCUUUUCAAAAAAUUAGAAAAUCUGAUCCUUAUAGAAUUGAACAGAUGCAUUUCUAUUCCGAUUCGUUGUAUAUUCGACAAAACUUUACAGAACUUGCCUUAUUAGCAAAAUGGUUUUUUGUGAGUCAUAAAUUUAAUUGGGAAACUUGUUGCAUUGUUGCCAAUUACUACAGCGCAAAAAACAUUCACGAACAAGCUCAGGAAUUUUUGAAGCGUUCAAUAAUGUUAUGUCCAAAAAACGCAUCUCUUUGGGUUUUAUUAGGCCAUGAAUAUUUGGAAACAAAAAAUCAUCAAGCAGCGACUUCAUCUUACAAGAAAGCUACAUUAAUCGACAAAAAUUGUUAUAGAGCUUGGUAUGGAUUAGGCCAAUUACACGAAAUUAUGAAACAACCAUCAAAUGCUUUAUUUUAUUAUAAAAAAGCACAUAAAUGUCGUCCUGAUGAUUCACGAAUGUUAAUUGCUCUUGGAGUUAUGUUCUCUAAAUUGGAUAGAAAAUCUGAUGCUGAAAAAUGUUUUAAAAAAGCUUUUCAAAUUGGGGAUGUUGAGGGGAAUGCAUUAAUUCAUUUGGCAAAACUUUAUGAGGAUCAAAAUGAUAAAAGGAAUGCAGCAAAAGCUUAUGAGGCCUAUUUGACAUUGUACACAGAGGAAUUGGUUGGUGACUUAAGUCUGAUCGCAACUUCAUGUCGAUUCCUAGCUAGCUAUUAUUUGGAACAAGCAAAUCUUGAUACUUCUUAUGAUUAUGCACAGAGGUGCCUUGAUUAUGAUAUUUCGAAGGAGGAAGGUUACCGAAUUUUGCAAUUGAUUAAAAGUAAAAGGAAGGAAACUCAAGAUAAAUUGGCUAAAGGCUCUUAUAGCUCAACACCACAGACGCAAUGCAAUUCUAGUACAAAUUAUAGAACGCCUUCUGAUGCACCUAGACCUAUUGGAGGAGGAGAUGAUUUCCUUCCCAAAUCCCAAUACUCAAAUCCAAAGGUUGGGUUCCCCGCCGAGGAACGUGUCUCAAGCAUAUUUUAUGUGGGUUUGUUCUUCUAUCGUUUUUUGUGCGUGUACUUUUAUUGUGUGUUUGUACUUCAAAACAAAACCUUUUUAUCCUUAAGCUCUAUCCAAACCCCUUUUACUGAAAGAAAGGAAGUUAAUUUGGAUGUUAAUGAUGAUGAUAUGAAUACAAACUCUGAUGAUGACGAUUUGGAAAUUACUUUUUAA